AUGGAUUCAAGCAAAAUCAUGGAUGUUAAUCGAAAUUUCCCAACAACGCCGACAUCCGAUGAGCUCAAACCACCAAUAUUCACGCCACGUGAAUGUUCUUCAUCUAGUGCAGACAGUCAUUCGAAUAUUUACGCUCUUAAUCUUACACAUAUACCUGAAGUUCACACGCCAAUUACGGAUUUCUCGUUUAACGAACAAAGUCGUCGUGAACGAGAGAUCGCUCAUCAAUCGUCAGUGAUUACGCGUGAUUCGUUUCGAACGACUUACUCGAGUCUACAAACGAUGCUUUCGCAAAUGCAACUGAAAGUGGCGGCAGCGUUCCUUCAAGAAACGGAAUACUUACAACAACGCGAACAACGUCUUGAACACGAAGAGCGCGCCUUGACUGACCGUCAGAGACAACUAGAAACCAUUCGACAUGAACGCGAACGCAUGGAAGAAGAUUUUCUUCAGAUAAAAGAUCGAAUUGAUGCCGCUGUUGUACAUGUAACGAAGUUUAAGACAGAUGGAAGUGAAAUUCUUGAAAACUUAUUCACCGAAUCUCGCCAAAUUGAUGAACAACUAUCUUAUUUAAUAGCCGAAUCAAUGGCGUCACUUGCCCGUUCUCGAACAAUUAUACAUUCGAAAACGAACGAGUUUCAUCAUAGAUCCGAUGAGAUUCGUUCCGAAAUUCAAGAUCGAUUGGCGCUUAUUAAUCAAACGGAAUCAGCGAUCUCGGUUAUGUUAGAAUUAGUUCAUUCACUAAACCAAUUGAAUAUCGAACAUUCACAGGAUCUUUCAAUCGUUAAAACAGACUUCGAUCGAAAAUAUCAAGAAUUCCAUGACCUAUCAGAAACAACAAAGCAUCAUUGGGAUACUAAAAAAGAACUCGAACAAAUUUAUUUGUUAGAAGAUGAGAAAAAUCAAGCACAAAAGGAUUUAUUAGAACAAACAUUAUUGUUGGAAAAUCUCAAGACUAUCUUAGGAAAAGCUGUGAGUCCAUGA